CGCACGCACGCUCGCUUACACACUUAUUAGCAGUUAUAUUGCACUUGAUACAUUGAGCCACAGACGCUGAGUGAAGAGCUCCACACUACACUUGUCAUCUGCGCUCAUGUGUGAAGAUUAAAGUGCGACUCGACGCUCGAAACUGCAGCAUUGAAGAUGAAUCCUGCGUGUGCGCGCUGUGGAAAAAUCGUUUAUCCGACAGAAAAAAUCAACUGUCUCGAUAAGAACUGGCACAAGGGCUGUUUUCACUGUGAAGUGUGUAAGAUGACUCUCAACAUGAAGAACUAUAAAGGCUAUGAGAAGAAACCUUACUGCAGCACUCACUAUCCGAAGACAUCGUUCACCAUCGUGACGGACACACCUGAGAAUCUUCGACUGAAACUGCAAAGUGAGAUACAGAGUCAGGUGAGAUAUAAGCGAGACUUUGAGGAGAGUAAGGGACGUGGAUUCAGUAUCGUCACAGACACACCUGAACUACAGAGACUCAAACAAACACAAGAACACAUCAGCAACGUUAAACAAUCGCACAAUCUAAUCGACGAGAAUAUGACAUGUAUGUUCUUUGAUGAGCUACAGUGGGCAGUCCAGCGGAGAUGAUCCUGUGAGUUUAUAAGGAGACAAGUGCUGAUGAUGUUACUAUGGUCAUUUAUGAUUGGCUUUUCCACUGGAAAUGCGGGACUUACAGCAGCUGUGUGGAGUGUUGGCACAUUCACA